AGUGCCCGGCGUCUUCGGCGGGAGAGCUGCGAUGCUGCGCGAUGUGACGGUGCUGUCGGUUCACUUCUAGCUCGAGCACAAUAAUGCGCAAAAGACUGCACCUCCAUCCCCUGACUCGCCACUUAUUGCCGAGCUCGGCGGCAAUGACAAGCGGCGCGAUAUGAAUGCGGGGAAAUUUCCCCUGUUUCAUGCGCAGAAGAUGGAGCGGAGAGCCGCGACGGGACCGUUUGCGAAGGAACGUUACUUUUGUUUGGGCGCGCUCUUUUUUCUCGUGUUCCGCACCACACCUGCCGCAACUAAAGGAGCCGGAAGUGAUACUCUCCCAGACUCUCUCCCUUCAGUCGCGGGCACACUUCCGCACUUUGUGCAGGAGCCGGAGGAUGCCUACAUCAUCAAGAGCAACCCCAUCAAGUUACGUUGUCGGGCGGCGCCUGCCUUGCAAAUCUUCUUCAAGUGCAAUGGUGACUGGGUGCACCAGAAUGAGCAUGAGUCGCGGGAGCAUGUGGACGAGAGCACAGGUCUGAAGAUCCGAGAGGUGAUGAUCAAUGUGUCCCGUCAGCAGGUGGAAGACUUCCAUGGUCCAGAGGACUACUGGUGUCUCUGUGUGGCAUGGAGCCACCUGGGCACCUCUAAAAGCCGAAAGGCCACCGUGCGCAUAGCAUACCUGCGGAAGAACUUUGAGCAAGAUCCCCAAGGGAAGGAGGUGCCAAUCAAGGGCAUGAUAGUUUUGCACUGCCGCCCACCAGAGGGGGUGCCAGCAGCAGAGGUGGAGUGGCUGAAAAAUGAAGAGCCAGUGAGCUCUCUUAAUGAUGACAACAUUGACACGCGAGCUGACCACAACCUCAUAAUCAAUGAGGCCCGCUUGUCUGACUCGGGGAACUACACCUGCCUGGCCAGCAACAUCGUGGCCAAGCGACGGAGUGCUUCUGCAACUGUGGUGGUGUUCGUGAAUGGGGGUUGGUCGCUCUGGACAGAGUGGUCAGCCUGCAGUGUGCCCUGUGGCAGGGGAGUCCAGAAGCGCUCUCGGACAUGCACCAACCCUGCCCCGCUCAACGGGGGUGCUUUCUGUGAGGGCAUGUCCAUGCAGAAAAUUACGUGCAAAGCAGACUGCCCAGUGGAUGGUGGCUGGGGGGAAUGGACAGAGUGGACUGGGUGCAGCCCUGAGUGCGAGAGGCAGCGCAGCCGCGAAUGUACCGCCCCUGCGCCGCGACACGGGGGCAAGCUGUGCGAAGGGUUGAGCCGGGCGGCCGAAAACUGUACUGGGGGACAGUGCACGCAGAAUCGCAGGCUGCUGCAUGACGUAAAGCCUCAAAGUAUGGAGGGCACUAAUGAUGUGGCCCUCUACUCUGGGCUGGCAGCUGGGGUCAUUGCCGUGGCCAUCCUGGUUGUAGCCGUCACACUGUACAGGAGGAACCAGAGCGAGUACGGAGUGGACGUCAUUGAUUCUUCCGCACUCACUGGGGGCUUUCAGUCCUUCAACUUCAAGACUGCAAGGCAAGGAAACCCGCUUCUGCUCAACUCCUCCAUGCAGCCAGACCUGACUGUGGGUCGCACCUACAGCAGCCCAAUCUGCUUCCAGGACUCCAUGGACAAAGAACUCUUUGACCCUCUGCCAGAUAUCAAGGUUAAGGUCCAAAGCUCCUUCAUGGUGUCACUGGGUGUUGCCGACCGUGCCGAGUACCACGUUAAAGCGCAGCCCAAGACCUUCCCCCGAGGCCUUACCCGGGACUCUAGCAGCAUCGACAGCAGGAAGAUGGGCCUUCUCACCCCUACCGCUCCGACCAGCCCCACAAAGGCCCAGCUGAGGACUAUGGGCAUGUUUGGGCAUCUAGGAGGGCGUCUGGUAGUGCCAAACACAGGAGUCAGUGUACUGGUGCCCCACGGUGCUAUUGCAGAAGAUACCUCCUGGGAAAUGUACGUGGUUAUAAAUCAGGAUGAGUCCAGCGCCCAUACUGAUGAGGGCUGUGAGGUUCUGCUUGGUCCAGAGGUGACGUACGGCCCUCCCGGACUCAGUCUCUCCUGCCCUAUAGCUAUGACGAUAGCCCACUGUGCUGAAGUCACCGGGGAGAACUGGAACAUCCGACUCAAGAGGCAAACAGAGGACAACAAAUGGGAGGAAGUGAUGUCGGUGGAGGAUGAGACGACGUUGUGCUACUGCCUGCUGGACUCGCACAGCUGCCAUCUACUCCUGGACCAGCCAGGUUCUUACGCUUUGGUUGGCGAGCCCCUCACUGAGGCUGCUGUCAAGAGGCUGAAGCUUGCAGUGUUUGGCAGCACAGGUGCACGCUCCAUGGACUACAGCCUGCGUGUGUACUGCGUGGACGAUACACCACAUGCCUUCCAGGCGGUAGUGACUGCAGAAACGGGAAGGGGUGGACAGCUCCUUGAGGAACCCAAGACGCUGCUCUUCAAGGCAAACACCUUCAGCCUCCAGGUGUCAAUCCAGGACGUCCCGCAGUUUCUGUGGAACAUCAAGCCCUUCACCACCUGUCAGGAAUUCUCCUUCUCCCAAGUGUGGUGCAGCAACCAGCAGCCUCUGCACUGUGCCUUCUCCCUGGAGAGAUACGGCCCCGCCACCACCCAGCUCUCCUGCAAGAUCAGCGUGCGCCAGGUCAAAGGGCACGAGCAGAUUCUCCAGGUGUACACGUCUGUGGCUGAGGUUGAAAAGGAGCGUGUUCCCUUCUUCACACAGUCCGACUGCACAGUCACCUCGCAAAGUGGCCCCAAAGCUUUCAAAAUUCCUUAUUCCAUCCGCCAGAGGAUCUGUGCCACCUUCGACACUGCCAAUGCCAAGGGCAAGGAUUGGCAGCUCUUAGCCCGGAAGCUCCACAUCGAAAGGAAUCUUUCGUACUUCGCAAAGCAGCAAAGUCCUUCUGCGGUCAUUCUGAUCUUGUGGGAAGCACAGCACCAGGAGAAUGGAGACCUGGACUCACUGGCAAGUGCGCUGGAGGAAAUAGGCAAGAUCCAUUCCAAAAGCCCAGCAAAGACCCCAGAAGAACCAAAGUCAGACUUUUCUUAGUAACUACUGGAAGGGGUCACUAGUUGGGAGGAGGCAAUGGACAGACCAGUGUGCAAAUCCCAAACCAGAGACUGGCCACGCCCCUUUUAAUCAAUUCAAACCCAGGGCCAAGACUAGAACACGUCACUGAUGUGUGCAACACACAUCCGUCUGGAGGAAGUUUGAAACCAAUUGAUUUAUUAGUGGCUUAGUGGACGUUCACAGGGCUGGAACUUGACCCCCUGUAGGGAAAAACAAGGGAAAUGUGGCACGUUGGCGGAAGCCCAUGGUGACCUGCCACACUUGGACUUUCCCGUACUCACAUCCGUUCACCUCCUUGACGGCACCUGUGACGUAAACGUGUCGCCUUGCCUUGGUUUCCCUUUGUUUGAAUCUGCUCCUGUUUUGUUCCCUCCCUUGUUUGCGUGUGCUCGUGAGGACGGGCGCGUUGAUCCGUGAACCUUUUUCAGAGCGAAUCGCACCAUUCGCCACAGGGGCUCCUUGGCACCGGGUGACACGGGGACACAGAAACAGAGCCCUGGGAAAAUCUCAGUUGCUGACCCUGGUGCUUUUAGGAGAGUGUGGAAUUGCUUUUUUAGUGCACUCUGUGGCUUAUAGGGACUGUACCCUCCUGUGUGCUGCCCUCGCUCAGAGCUCAGAGCCCACCCAACACCACUCACUUCUGUUUGCACAGCAGUUUAACAUUUACACAUCGCGCCCCAAAGGGGAAUGGGGUCAAGACCAGUCUAAAUGGUUUAAGUGGGGAAAGUGUUGAAUUAUACAUGUGAAAGGUGUCUUUUUUAAGAUAUGUAAUGCUCUAAAAGUUGAAAAGUGAGAAAUGGAAAAAAUAUGUUUCUUUUCCCCUCUUUUUUUUCAGAAAGGAAAACAGUUGGACUCUUCACGUUACAUUUUGCUGUAUUACAUGAUAGCAUGAGGACAUAAGUGAAGGCAGAGAAGGGAGGUUACAAAACCGUGUGUGUGUGUGUGUGUGUGUGUGUCUGCGUUUGUGUGUCUGUGUUUUUUUUUCCAUGUCACGGUGUCCAAUUUGGCCAUGACGAUGUCGUCACUCAGCCGUGGUGCCCAUGAUCCCCAUCACGGUUCAACGAGCAGCCAGCGUAUCACAUUCCAAGAUGGGUUCGAGAUCCCUGACAUGUCAGACUGUGUGGACAGCGUGCAGAGAGCCAUAAGGGUCAUGGGGAGUCCGUGUUCCUGUUUCUGAGAGAACAGGCGACCCUUGUGUUAUUUCACCACAAUGCUGAACAAGGUGAACGUGUAUGGAUAAAGGACGCUUACCGGGCAGAGGAGCCACAUGCUUUAGCUCUGACUCCCACACAGGGGAAGCGCAUGGGCAGGCUGUCAGAACCAAGGCAAUUCUCAAAGGCAGGAAAAGCAAGAGCGGCGUGAAAGGGUCUGUGGGAGGCCAGAGGGACAAAGCGUGCUGCUUUUCACCCAAGUAACGUAAAGAGGCUCCUCAGUUCAUGUCAGUGCACCACUGCUUGCUUCUGAGGGACCCGGUGAUGGCGAGUCGAGGCAUUCCGCUGAAGCGUUUGCAAAGAAAAGGCUGCGAUUAGUCGACAGGUGGCCUCCGCAGUGGUCUUUCGCCGUGGACGCUGCCUUCAAAGUGCUAAACAUUUGGAGAGACUGUAUUGUCGAAAGCCUUUCAAACUAGGAGCUGUGAAGAGGGGCCGGAAAUGGGCUUGUGCGCGGUAAUGUGUUACGUCCGCUAGAAAUGUUGUUCAUAUUGUGAAUCACCUUUUAAAGAAUACAUAAAACCUUGGCUUAUUUUGUUCUAUUGAUGCAAUAUGGAUGGAAGUCCAAAUUAUUCAUUUUAUCAUUUCCUUUCAUGGAUAUAACCCUAUGUUUAGCCAGUCUGUGCCCAAAAGAAGAGGCUUUCCAGUUCAAUUAACCACAAAGCACAACCACAGGUUAUGCAUAACCAGGAAUGAAUUUAAUUUAACUUGCUCAUUAUGUGUCCAUUAAGGUCUGCUGACGAUCAUGUAGGCUUGAUAUGUUAAUAUUCAAAAGCUGCUGUUUUUUUUUUCCAAGGUACUGAAGUGAUUAAAAACUGUGAUUGUCUACAUACUAAUGAGUUCCAUUAUUUUUUUUGCUUAUUUCAACUGCCAUGUCGAUGCUGUGUUGUAACCAAAUUCACUUUUCGUCUUUUUUUGUUCCCUAAAUCUUGAUGUCUUGAAGCUGAGAAUAUAGGGUGAUGCUGCAUACAGCUGAUGUAGUGGGGGGAGGAGCUGAAAAUACUUACAUUUUGAGUUUGUUUUACUUCACCUUUGAGUGACUUUUAGAAUUUUUUUCCCUGUUUUAGCAGAAACACACACAGUAAACACAAACGCACAUACAUCACUAAUUUAAAGCUGAUAUUAAUUUAUGUGUGAAACAGGCGCAAAUUUACUACAUGAAGACUGUUUCAGAUGUUGUUUAAAUUUUAUUUAGAGGGGCAGAGAUAAAUAAUGGAACUGAAAACCUGAGACAAAAUAUACACACAUGCUUUUUUGUUAUGCUGUUGUAGGAAAAGAAGAGAAUUUCCCUUUAACUUUGUAAACAACACCUACAUAUUAUAAUAUGUGGUUUGCUGCAAGUGUAUAUUUCAGUACUGCCUCGAACUACUUCAGGG